AUGCCUAAGAGCGAAGGCACAUAUCUCUACUAUGCUGUCCAGAAUGGACGCGAAGGACCUCGUGUAUACACCUCCCUAUCUGACUUCGAGAAGAACACCGAGGGCAUGACCAACGUCAAGUACGGAAGGUUCAACUCACCUGUGCUCGCGCAGAGAUACCUUGCGCCAGCCUUGGCUCGUGCAGCGAGACUGAAAGCUAUCCGGUCAGCGUCGAGCAAUGAUGUGUCGAAGGUUGAAGAGCCUACUCUCAAAGUCACGGUGGAGGAAUGCACACACGAAAGCGACGAAGAGUUGUGGGCGUCUGUGAUGGAUGUUGGAGCAGACACCACGGCGGAAGUUCGGGCGCGAGUCGAAGAAGUGGUCGCGGUGGCUGUCGAGGAGACGCAUACACCCGACGACGACGAAGACCUCUGGUUGUCUGUGAUGGAUGUGGAAGUCGACAUCAAAACAGAGGUUGAAGCGGUUGUCAAAGAAGAGGUUGGGGUGGGUUUGAGGGCAGAGUCAUCCGCGUACGACAGUGACGAAGAGUUAUGGUCCUCCACGACGGACGUAGACUUUGAUAUCAAGGAGGAGUUCGAGGCAGGCGUCGAGGAAGAGGCGGCAGUAUGUGUCAAGGAAGAGGAGGCGGUAGUGUGCGUCAAGGAGGAGGGGGCAGUUGUGAAGGAAGGGAGCUCUGUGGACGUUCUAGACGCAGCUUAUCUAAGUCCCAGCCCGGUGAACGAGCCUGUCAAGCGUGGUGAAUCUGCGUUGGGAGAUGCGCCCGUCUACAAGGAAGGGCACUCGUGGCACUGUUGCCGCGACCCUCAAGGUUCCAAGGACGAAUCUAACGUCUCCAACCCUGUUGUGCUCUCGGAUGAACAGCUUCACAUACUUGAUCUUGUUCGGCAAAGGAAGAGUGUUUUCGUCACUGGCUCUGCCGGUACAGGAAAGUCUGUACUCAUGCGCGCUAUCAUCGGCCUUUGGCCUGCCGGUUGUCGAAGGCUGGCCAUCACGGCCUCGACGGGCGCAGCGUCUAUACACUUUCCCGGCGGGCGCACCAUUCACUCUUGGGCGGGAAUUGGGCUCGGAGCGAAGGACGCGGAACUUCUUUGGGACGACAUAAAGUAUGAGAGACAUAAGUUGCUGAGGUGGCAGCACACGGACUGCAUUAUCAUUGAUGAAGUGUCAAUGAUUGAUGAUGAGCUCUUCGACAAGCUGGACUAUAUCGGUCGGCGCGCCCGGGAGAAUAGCAGACCAUUUGGUGGUAUCCAACUAGUCAUCUGUGGAGACUUCUUCCAGCUGCCGCCAGUGGUCAACUCCAGCAAGAUUAAAGCCAAGUUUGCGUUCGAAUCGCGCGCAUGGAAUGAAUGCUUCGAUCAAGUCCAUAAGCUCACGCAUGUCUUCCGACAGAGCGACGGCGAGUUCGUGAAGAUGCUCGAGGAGGUCAAGAUUGGCAAGAUCAGCGCAAAGACGGAAGCUGAGUUCAAGUAUCUCGCACGGCCCGUCAAAUACUAUGAUGAUAUCGGCCCAACGGAACUGUACCCUACGAACGAAGAGGCGACGAUAGUCAACCAAAUGCGUCUGGAUUGCUUGGAGGACAGGGAGGUCACAUUUCGCAGCUAUGAUGCUGCUGGUGUAGACAUCAACGAUCGCAAAAUCUCGGGAAAACGAUUCCGCGAAGUCCUCAAGAGUAUCUCUGCGCCGGAAGAGGUCGUAUUGAAGAAAGGGGCACGAGUUAUGCUGAUCAUGAACAAGCUCCAAGGUGUGCUUGUCAACGGCUCUAUCGGCGUAGUCGAGGACUUCUGUACGAUUGAGGAAGCCGAGGCCUAUCAUGUCGCUCCAUUUCACGAAGACGAUAAAGACGCAGUCCAAAGAGCCAAAGACAGGCUACCCAUCAUCUUGCGUGACCGACACAGUAACUGGGCAGGAUAUCGUUACCCAUUAGUGCGUUUCAUGAAUGGGCGGACUUUACUCUGUCAUCCAGCCGAUUUCAAGCAAGAGAACCGUCGUGGUAAUCUCAUGGCCUGUCGAACCCAAGUGCCGCUUAUCCUGGCUUGGGCUCUGAGCAUACACAAGUCCCAAGGAGCAACUCUGGAGCGCGUGAAGGUCGACCUCUCACGCGUCUUCGAGCGAGGCCAGGCUUAUGUCGCGCUAUCACGGGCGACGUCUAUGGAUACCCUCGAGGUUCUCAACUUCGACAAGUCCAGAGUGGAGGCUCAUCCACAUGUACUGCAGUGGAUGGGUUACGACGCCGACGAACGGGACCUUGAAGACGAGAAUCACCGGCGAGCUAUGGCGGAAGAAGAAUUCCGACGGGCAUCAGAACAGCCUCGAGAUGAUGAGGACUACUUCGCCUUCGUGGACGAUAUCGACGAGAGUGAUACAUUGCUUUUGGACAUCGAAGAAGUCGUGUCUUCUUAG